AUGAAAUUUGGCAACAACUUGCAGCAUCUAUCGGUACCCGAAUGGAGAAGCUAUAAUAUUGACUAUAACGACUUGAAGUAUAAGAUCAAACAAGUCACCAAACAGGAUUCUAAGGACCUUUCGCAGUUAAGAUUAGCAUUUAUUGAAAACAUCGACUAUGUCAACUUGUUCAUACAGACCAAAUACGGUGAGUUGAGCCGUAAAUUUGCAUUUCUUGAAUCAAUAUUCAACAACCUACAACAUUCGAAGGAUAAUAUAGAUGGUUACGACUCGCUACGAUCGUUUCUCAUUGAAAUUGAUGAAUUGUUUUACGAAGCUAUUGAGUUGUCGAUAGUGUUGAAAAAUUUGUCCAAGUUUAUUUUGAUUCAAAAGAUUGCCAUCAAAAAGAUAUUCAAGAAAUUCCUCAAGUAUUAUCAGUAUAAGAAAGUGGGCACCAAAUUCGUGCUUGAUUUGAAGGAUGAUCACCUAAUCAACAACCCACAAUCAUUUGUCAAUUUUGACCUAACUAAAUUGACCCUAAAAUUGACAAACCUAAUCAAUUUGAUCAAAUAUGAACGGAAAUAUGUCGAAUCUUUUAACAGUGAUCUACAUCGGAAAAACUCCUUGUUUUCGUUGGCAUCGUCUUUAAACACUACUUCUGAUUAUCAAACUUCGAUAUUAGCAAACAAUCAUAACAACAAUAGCUCACAACUAGUUCCCAACAAAAGUUGCACCUUCACCGCAAACACCACCGCCACUGCCACCACGAAUUCAUCACCAAAUACCGCCAUCACUACUGCAUCAAACACCACUAGGAACUAUUAUAACUCCAACCCACAACAGAUUCCGACAUCGCCUGAAUCGCAAUUUGAUUUAACCGUGCUACUAAAACGAAAUUUUCAAUGUCAUUGUCUUAUACCAAAUGAGUCGACUAAUGACGCCAUUCUCAAUUUCAACGUCUACUUGAAUCUCAAAUGUAUUGAAGAUAAUCUUGUUUCGGUUAUAUACUUGAAUCAAGACUUGUUGAAAGAUCCUGCACUUAUUUUGUCAAGUGAUACUAGUCAACUAUCGCUUAUUAUGGCUCCCACUGGUGGUUUAAGAAAAUACUCGUACUGCAUUUUGCCUAAUGAAGUUGUUGAGGUGUUUUUGUUGCAUUUGCAAGAUAGAUCCAACGAAGAAUACAAGAGUCAAUUGUAUGGUUAUUUUCAGGAAUCUAGUCAAUUGACAAAAAAAACCAUCAAUUUCAUCAUAGCCAAUGACUACUUGCCGGUGUCGAAAGCCUUUUGUCAGCGAUCGAGAUUCAAAAUUGAUAAAAGUACUGGUGAUACCAUCAUCAACAAUGAUAAUAGCAUGCUCAUUGAUCAAGCAGGAUCCUCUUGUCAACAGCCUUCACAACCAGAUGAAAAUGAUUAUUAUCUCACAUUGGAAUGUAAUAUAUCCACCACCAAUAAACCCAAACACAUCAACACCAUUGCCUUCCCCGACAACUACGAUGAUAUGGAUUGUUUCCCUCACAGUCAUCUUGGUAUAUUCUCCAAUGAUUUGAACUUGUCGGAAUUCGAAUCGUCGUUACUGACUGAGGUGGAUUCUCAAACUGGUGUGAUACGAAAUAGUUAUUCUCCUUCAUUUGCUCGUCGGUUCCCAAAGAAAUUGCAAAUGAUUUUGCAAAACAAUGCGGUAUCUUUAUACAAGGGCUUCAACUUUUAUCAGUAUCAGUUAUCAUGUUAUUACAAUAUUGUCCCCAAUGGAGAAUUUAUCAAUAACCACUACACCAAUUUACUCAACUUGAACUUGUUGAAAGAAUUUGAAAAUAUUGAUGCUUGUAAUCAACAAUUGAACCAAGAAGAAGAUCUCAUUAAAGCCAAGUCGGAUGGUAUAAUGAAGCAUAAGAUGUCCAUACAAAAUCUUCAACAGGAAAACCAAGUGAUUGAACAACAAGAUCGACAACAAAAACAACUGAGGCUUUUGCAAUCAUCACAUUUGCACCAUCAACAUCAGCAAGAUAGUUUUGGUUCGAGCAUAUUUGAGAAUGUGAGACGUGAUUCUGGAAGCUUGUCACCCAAUGACGUCGUCAACUUAAGUGAUGAAGUAGCUGAUUAUGACGUUGUGGAUUUACAAAACAAUCAAGUUACUAAAUUCUUAACUUCACUUUUCAAUUUAAAGGAUAGAUUUUUUAACCAAAAUUCUGAACCAAGAUACAAAAAACAAGACAAGCAACAUUUCAUUUAUGAAAACCCAUACUAUUUUCCCAAAGACGAUCAUGACGAAACAGAUGAGCAUCAACACUUGCUUGACCCUUAUACCAAGCUCCUCUCCUUCUACAACCAAGAGGAUGUCAACAACUACUCAACAUACGAUUCCAUCAAUGAGGAGCCAAUGUCAUUUUUUCAACGUAAUGAGCACCAGCUGAAAUAUGAAGCCGAUUAUGAUCAAACUCUAAGCUACAUAUAUUUCACAUUGACGAUUAUUUCCCUAUUCCUUUGUGGUAUUCAAUUAGGUACCAUAUACUCAAUAUUUACAAAUAUUGAUGAUAUUGAAGAUUCAAAGUUUUUGAUUCGUGAUAAUUUGGGAAUUUUCAUUGUAUUAGUAUUGGGAAUGAUUAUUCUGGUGGGGUUUAACUUGUUGGCAAUCAAUCUUCUUUGGUUUAGGUAUACUUCACCUGUCAAGUUCCACAAGUUUGUUGUUAGUGGGGCAUUGAUCAUCAACGUGAUGGGGUGUAUUUGGAGUUGUGUUUUGUUGUUGCAUUGUUUUUAA